AAUUCGAUCAGCAACAUAUUGCAUGCCCUCCAGACCAAUCAAUUGUCUGUUGCGGGCUUUGUGCAGGGUUUAUUGAAUAGCAAAGAUCCACAUCAUCACAUUGGGCGCGAGUCUCUGCUUCGCAAUGCUGGAAACAUCUGUUCAUUGCUCUAUCAUCAAGAGAGCGCCCACGAGCCAGUAUCAAAAUGGGCAAUUGCAGCAGUUACAAAGAUAAUCUGCAGAGAAGUUACUGAUUUGAGCCAUGAGAGGCACGGGCUAUGUUUCAAGGCAAGUGCUGCAACGGUCGAGCAGCUCGAAGGCAAAUUUAUGGAGAUGAUGGCAACAAAAAUGUGUAUGGUAACACCAUUGUUGUGGGGCCUCAUCAGCGCUCUCCUCGACAGCCAUCAGGACCGCCGUCGUGCCAUGAUAAAUCUUGAUGGCAUGGCAAGUAGCCUUGGUUCAGAGGCAGAGAUGGAUCUUGGCGAGUUUGGUGGUCAUGAA